AGUUUUCCUGCGUCGAAUGCGGCGAUGAUAGAUGUGGGUUUAUCCAUGAUGAGAGUUGUGGUAUACAGAGAGAAAGUUGUAUGCCCUCGCGUGCGUUUUUAUCAGGCAUGGAGUAUGACUGAGGCGACAGCUCCCGGAGCGUUACCUCCGCCCGUUAGCGACCGAGCUCAAGUUACGCGUUACAUCUUCCAAAUUAGGCGACAGGCUGGCAUCUUGUCGGCACAGGCUCGAAUUGCAGUAAGAAGCAAGUAGGAACCAAAUAAGCACGAAACAAGUACAUUUUCACUCUAUUCUUCAAUGAUCUACUGUUUUG